CUUUGAGAACUUUCUUAUGCGCCGUAUUACGCUUGCCCGCAUUUUGUGACUAUUACAAAUCGAAGCCCACGUAAUAGUUUGAAAAUAAAUGCACGAUUCCUCAUCGGCAAACUGAAUAGAAAUAUUACGAAAUAAGCUAAAACUAAUGCGAAUAUAUGGAAACAGAGCGUAAAGUGAAUUCAUUUGCAACAAUAUGAGCAUUCUAACUGAACGUAAAUAGAAUCAGUGCAAAAUACUAAGUGGAAUAAUCAAGCACUCCAAUUGGAAACCAACUACUUGCCCAGUUGCUUAGGCACAUGCAUGCAAAAAGGAAGAUAUUCAUAUGCACACGCACACACAUGCGCAUUGACCUGUGUAGAAAUUACCAAUAAGAGUGAUGCUCCAAUUUGAACCCAACUGCUUGUGCGCUCGCUACGAUUCUGGAGCCAAAGUGCGCAAGUGCAGCCGCAGCCGACGACGCACUCGCGACGUUGUCAUCGAAACUCAACGAAGCCAAACAUCAUAAGGCACAGCAGAAGACACACUACGUCGCGCUGUGAGAGAGCGUGAGAGCGGCCAGCGAGUGGAGAGAAAGCAAAGUCCACAGAGAGCGGCGCGCUGCUUGAUAAAAGUUGCGUUCGUUGUGGUUCGUUCAGUUAAAUUUAAGACGAGAAGCCGAAGAGAACGACCGCUGGGUGCGUCGGAAUGCAAAACGCGCCUAAAAAGCAAUCGCAAACGCAAAAACAAAAACAACAACAUUCAAAAUAAAUAAAGCAAAACAAAAGAAUUCUAGAAUAAAUAAAAGACAGCCUUGCGCGGAUAUCAGAUGACAGUCCAAGAUAAAAAUACUAAAACAAGCGUUGGAAUAUGUUUUUGCAUAUAUGCAUGAAUAUAAGGACAAACAGUGCGGCAGCCGAUUGCAAAUCACAACAGAAAGCACUUAACGAAAGUGUUCUGUGAUGUCAUGGUAAAAGUACCGCUUAUCAAAGACUGAAAAAACGAUAUCAGAAUUAUUGUGUUUGCCAGCGGAAACAGUUAAUAAAUACUCGCGAAAUCGAACGGUAGAAAGGCAAUUGCAGAUAGUGAUAGAAAGAGAGUAACUCCAUUGGCCGGCAACAAUGGCAAUGACAAUGGCAACCGACUACCAAGCGUAUCUGGAGACAGCCUGGCAGUGGCUGAACUACCUGCCCUACCUGUUGGUGGCCUACGUGCUGCUCACCUUGGUGCCCAAGUCGCUGAUGCGCAUGAAACGCUACGCGGACGCUGACUUCGAGGCGAAUCGUCACAAGUUUCAUCGCUGCUAUGGCCCUGAGCUCUGCUGCCACGCCCAUGCCAGCGUCCAGGCGCAGGAGCUGCCAGCGAAGCAGGCGAAGCAACGCAAGCCGGUGACUCGCGUCUACCCCAAGCGUCAGCAGCCGCUGAACAAGCCGGAGCUGCCGUCCAUUAGGCACAACAAUGUGACCAAGAUUGCGCGCAUGUUCGAGUCGGGCAAUGCGACGCGCCAGGUGAGCCGCGUGACACCUGUGACGCUGCCCGACAUACGCUCGCUGGGCGCCAGCGAGGACUCCAGCGAGACGACGCCCUGCGUCUCGCGCAAGGGCAGCAUUGCCACACAGAUGCAGCACAUUGAGCAUGCCAUGCAACUGUGGCAGGAGCUGCAGGAUCAACAGCAGCAACAACAACAACAGCAGCAGCAGCAGCAGCAACAGCAACAACAACAACAGCAAAAGUCAUCCAGGCUCAACGAUUGGGAGCCAAUGACUGCGAUGCCUGUGCCGGCCAUAAGGCGCAGCCUGGGCACCUCAGCCACGCCCUCGACUGCAUCGCCGCUCUGCAGCUCACCUGAGCCGCCGUCACCUGUGCUGCUGCGCGAGCCGCCCGCUCUGUGCCUCAAGUCCAGCAUGGAGGACAUCUUCCAGGCGAUCGCACGCAGCGCCGAGGAGCCCGUCGACUGCAACAGCCUCUCGCCCAUCACCUGCAUCGACGACAUCUUGUCGGAGCGCAGAUUCUCAAGGCCUUUGUCCGCCUACUCCAUAACCGAUCUGCUCAACGAGGAGCAGGAGCAGGAGUCGCUGUUCGUGAACGAGACGACGCUGCAGCAGCUGGAAGCGAGUUGAGAUGGGAAGAGAAUAUUGAGACUUUCGAGUGAUUAUCUGCAGUAGAUCAUCUUCGUGCCAUGUGCGAACCCAGCUUGCUUAGCUCUUUCUCUCUCCCUCCCUCCCUCUCUCUCUCUCUUUGUCACUCUGCUUAUCUCUCUGCCCCACUUAUCAAUGGCUUCGUUCACCGAGUCACAGCAAAACAGUUGCGAUAAGGCCACGCCCCCGCAUUUCCCUGGCUGCUGCUUAGCCUUCGCCAAUUGCAUUUUGUUUGUUUAAUUAAUGAAAGCUUAAGCAAAUAAAAAUCAAAUCAAUAACAAUUAUGGAAUGUAUUAACAUUACUAUUAUUAUUAUCAUUAUUAUUAUUAUUAUAAUUAACAUUAGCGAAUUAGAUCUGAUCAAUAGAAUCUGUAUAUAUAUAUAGAUCCAUGGACUGCAAAGUCCUUGGGCUCAACGUAUCGCAUCCUUGCCUGGUCGCUAUUCUGGUUCUCAGUUCUCAGUUGCCUAUAACUAUUAUUAUUUAUUACUAUUGUCAUU